AUGGAAUCCCCUAUGGAUAAGACCAAUGCCAUGUUGAACAAAUGGGUUCGCAUGAAACGCGGUAUCGCGCAGUACAAUGCCCCGGAUGCCCCUGCGUUUGAUCCCAUGAAAAAACCGUCCGAUGUAUCUGAGGUUCAUAGUAUUAAGCAAGCGGAGUAUUGGAGAGGGCACUUAAUUAAAGAUAUAUCGGCGUGUAUUGAAAGGGUACAAAAUGCGAGUUUAGGGGAGAAUGCCAUAAGGGCAUUGAAUGAUGAGAUAAACCGGUUGAUUGGCCUUAAGAACAAAUGGGAUGAGAGGAUUAUGGAAUUGGGUGGACACAAUUAUAAAACAGCUUGGACUUCAGUUUAUGAGUGCUGGGAAUUGCAAGGCAGUGAGGGGUACAAGUAUUUUGGAGCAGCCAGAUAUCUUCCAGGAGUAAGGGAAAUUUUUGAGAAACAGGAGGCAGAUUUUCACAAAAAAUUGGCUCAGGAGUCUGGAAGAACCCGUGCUGAUUUAUUCAAAUGUAUAUCACCCGAGUACUAUGCGUUUACUUUCGACGAUACUGAGCUAGUACGUUGUGAACAGGAUCAGGAAUUCAAGAUUCACCAAGCCGAAUUACAGAAAAUGAAUUUGACCACCAAGCAGAUUCAGAAUAUCGCAUUUUAUCUAGACCACCAGGAAGUGCCUAUGAGGCUCGUUGUUGAUUAA